AUGAGCGACAAGCUCGACAAGGAGAAGGGCAGGAGCAUCGAAGAGCUCGAGACUCCCAGCUUCAAACACAACCACUCAACCGACAUCAUCUGCAAGCACCCCGCCAAGAAGGAGCGCACCCGGGAAGUGAACCAAUACACCCGCCCGGAACCGAACCCAGCUACCUUCUCCCUUGACCGACACACUCCCAUCUCCUACAACCCUGCCUCAGUCAAGAGACCCAACUUUGAGCCAUCCGCAGAGUUCGAGGACAACUCCGCUCAUCGCAGCCCUGGCCGUAAGCCCUCCACCACCGAUGGUGGCCAGCCCAAUAUCGAUCACACACCGUCCCAUGUGACGGGGCAUACUCCAUCUUCAUCACCGUCAUUAGCUCCUCAUCUGCCAUCUUCAUCCACCGUCGUUGUCCCCCCUCCCCAGCCACUAUCCUCAUCCGCUGUCAGCUCUCACCUCCACCCCGUCUUCGCAGGCCGUUGCAAGAAGACCGAAGUCUCGUCACAAUCGCAAUCGCACACAAACACAUCCACCUCAGAGCUCGUUGAGUCUGCCGCAAUGGCUAGUACUGUUCAAAUGCAUAUGCCCCAGAAGCACUACGCCAUUUGGACACGCAGUUCCGUUCGAGCGCGAGUGGUUCCCCAAGAGGACGAGGGGACGGAGGGUGCAGAGGAAGCUGAAUAGGGACCAGGAGGCAUAUGGCGAAGGAAUUGGAAGGAUAGCUGGCUGCACGAUGUAUAC